AUGACCAAGGAGGCCGUCAAGGCCUUCAAUGACGUCAAGGCCGCACUUGCGAGCGCAACACUACUAGCCCACCCCCGCGCUGAUGCACAUCUAACUCUCAUGACAGAUGCUUCCAGCACUGCCGUUGGUGCGUCACUGCAGCAAACUGUUGGUGGUAUUCUACAGCCUUUGGCUUUCUUCUCGAAGAAGCUCAACCCGGCAGAGACCCGCUACAGUGUCUUCGGCCGAGAACUCCUCGCCGUCUACUUAUCCAUCCGGCACUUCCGACAUUUCCUCGAGGGUCGCGAAUUUGUUGUUCUAACAAAUCACAAGUCACUCUUUUUUGCACUGAGGGCCUCUCCCGAUCGAUACUCGCCCCGUAAAAUUCGUCAUCUAGAUUUCAUCUCACAGUUUUCCUGCGACAUCCAACAUGUCCAUGGUAAGGAAAAUGUGGUUGCUGAUGCUCUUUCAAGAAGCGAGAUGGCUUCCAUCAGAACUGACGCCACAGACUUCACACUCAUGGCUGAGGCUCAGCGAUCGGAUGACGAGCUCUCCCAAUACCGCCACGAGGACUCUUCUUUACGCCUUCGAGAAGUUCCCCUUCCCACUGGCACAGGCACCAUCACGUGUGAUCUUUCUACCGGACACGAACGUCCUAUUGUCCCUGCAACUUUACGACGGCAAGUGUUCAGAGCUCUUCACAAGCUAUCCCACCUUGGAGUCCGGACGACAGUGAAACUCAUCACUGACCGAUUCGUCUGGCCCAACAUCCACCGGGAUGUACGGCGUUGGACCCGAUCCUGUCUACCAUGUCAACGAGCCAAAACGCAUCGGCAUACUAUUACUCCGCCAGGUACUUUCGCCACUCCUGAUGCACGCUUCAGUCAUGUGCACAUUGACCUGGUAGGUCCGCUUCCACCGUCUGGCGGUUCUACCUGUAUGCUGACAUGCUUUGAUCGCUUUACUCGGUGGCCGGUUGCUGCGCCCAUUCCGGACAUCAGUGCUGAAACCGUUGCGAAAUCAUUCCUGACUCAUUGGGUGUCCAAUUUUGGAGUUCCUGCGACUGUCACCACUGACCGCGGAUCCCAAUUCCAGUCCACGCUGUUUCGCGAACUCACAUCCCACCGUUAUACCCAUUCCUGUACUAUUUUCUCCUCUCUACCCGCUUUCCUAUCUCUAAAUCAAACCCAUUAA